AUGUGGGAGAAAGCCACAAUCUUGCUUUUUGUGGCCUGCGCUCUGGCUCAGGACCUGUGCUCGCCCGGAGCUUCAGACGGUUACAAAGUGCGUCUCAGCAUCAAAACUGCUCUGGACGAUCAAGCUUACGAGUGGAACACCAACGAGCUGUUCCUGUUCCGCGCUGCGCUGGCCUACGCCAUGAGGAGCUACCUACCUGACCAGCACUUUGAAGUCUCCAACAUCCUGAUAUGUGAUGAGACGCCCAGAGUCUCCUUCUGGUUCGUGGUGACGUCAGUCAAUUCUGCCACGCUGAUUAAGAAGGAAGACGUGGAGAACGCCGUGAGGAAGUCCAGGAGCCGCAUCAACAGUGCCUUCCUGCUCUCAGACCAGACACUGGAGUUUGUGGGAAUCGCACCGACGCUCGCCGCUCCGUUUGUUCCCGCCACGCCGCCCUGGCUCAUCGCCUUUGGGGUUGUCAUGGGAGUCGUGGGCGCCGGCAUCGUCUACUUCCUGGUCUCUGCGGUCCUCCAGCGAAAACGUAAAAAGAAAGGGAAAAUGGCCGACGACGAGGCCAGAGCAGAACGUGGGAUCUCCGGCGAAAACGGAUCUGGGAUUUAUAACACAUCUUUUUCAGACGAGGAGAAAAUGACGGAGAUGUGA